GCGCUGGCGGCGGCGCGGCGGGCGGGGAGCGGCGCCGGGGCCCGAGCCCGACCGGGAGCCGAGCGGAGCCUCCCCGCCGCCGCCGCCGCCCAUGGCCCCCUGAGCCGCCGCCGCCGCCGCCGCGCCCGGGCGGCCAUGAAGCCGCUGGAGAAGUUGCUGAAGAAGCCGGGCUCGCACCUGCCCGCCCGCCCCGCCGCCGCACCGGGACCGGCACCGGGGCAGGGAUCGGUACCGGGACCGCGGCGGCAGAGCCUGUCGCGCCCGCCCCCCUCCCCCGAGGAACCGGCGGGGCCGGCGGGGCCGCAGCCGGGGGGCGAGGGCCGCUGGCUGGAGCUGCGGCCCCCGGAGGCGCCGCUCCGCUCCCCGGAGGAACCGUCCCCGGGGGGAGACCGGGACCGGGAACCGCCGAGCCCGGAGCCGCCGCCCGCCGCCCGCUGCUGCUGCGGCUGCGGCCCCGCCGCCCCCGCGCCCCCCGAGCGGCUCCUGGCCGCGUUGCUGGAGCGGCUGCCGGCGGGCGGCGCGCACGGCCGCGGCUGCGGAGCAGAGUCGCUGCUGGACGACAUCGUGCUCACGCACUCGCUCUUCCUGCCCACCGAGCGCUUCCUGCAGCAGCUGCACCAGCACUUCGUGCUGGCGGGCGGCAGCCCCCCGCCGCGCUGGGAGGAGGGGGCCGGGCUGCGGCGCAAGCGGGCAGUGCUGGCCGUGCUGCUGCAUUUCCUCGAGACCUACAAGGGGCUGCUGCAGGAGGAGGAAAGCGCCGGCAAAGUCAUCAAGGAGCUCUACCUGCUCAUCAUGAAGGACACGUCCCUCUACCAUGACCUGGAGGACGACAUCCUCAAGCUGCACCAGCUCGUGGAGACCGUGGAGCUCAAGGUGGCCGACGAGACGCCCCCCCCGAACAAGCAGGUGAAACCGCUGUUCAGGCACUUCCGUCGCAUCGACUCGUGCCUGCAGACGCGGGUGGCUUUCCGGGGCUCCGACGAGAUUUUCUGCCGCGUGUACAUGCCCGACCACUCGUACGUCACCAUCCGCAGCCGCCUCUCGGCCUCGGUGCAGGACAUCCUGACCUCCGUCACCGAGAAGCUGCAGUACUCGGAGGAGCAGAGCGCCCGCGAAGACGCCCUCAUCCUCGUCACCAUGGCCUCGUCCGGAGAGAAAGCGGUGCUGCAGCCCAGCGAGGAGUGUGUCUUCACCACCCUGGGCAUCAACAGCCACCUCUUCGCCUGCACCAGGGACACCUUCGACUCCCUGGUGCCGCUGCCCGAGGAGAUCCAGGUGGUGCCGGGGGACACGGAGAUCCACCGCGCGGAGCCGGAGGAGAUCGCCAACCACCUCACCGCCUUCCACUGGGAGCUCUUCCGCUGCAUCCACGAGCUGGAGUUCGUGGAUUACGUGUUCCACGGGGAGCGGGGCCGGCGGGAGACGGCCAACCUGGAGCUGCUGCUGCAGCGCUGCAGCGAGGUGCAGCACUGGGUGGGCACCGAGCUGCUGCUCUGCGAGUCGCUGGGCAAGCGCGCCCACCUCCUCAAGAAGCUCAUCAAGAUCGCCGCCAUAUGCAAGCAGAACCAGGACAUGCUCUCCUUCUACGCCAUCGUCAUCGGGCUCAACAACGCCGCCAUCAGCCGCCUGCGCCUCACCUGGGAGAAGCUCCCGGGAAAAUUCAAGAACCUGUUUCGGAAGUUCGAGAACUUGACGGACCCCUGCAGGAACCACAAGACCUACCGCGAGGUGCUGGCCAAGAUGAAACCCCCCCUCAUCCCCUUUGUGCCGCUCAUCCUCAAAGAUCUGACCUUCCUGCACGAAGGCAGCAAGACCCUCCUGGAUGGGCUGGUCAACGUGGAGAAACUGCACUGCAUCGCUGAGAAAGUGAGAACCAUCCGAAAGUAUCGGAGCCGCCCGCUCUGUGAGUACGGGGUGGGGGGGGGCCGGGACCCCCACAGGCCCGGCCGGGCAGGGGCGAGGGGCCAGCGCUGCGGGAGGGGGCUGAUCCCAUGGGACAGGGGGGUGUGUGUGGCCCCACCACCCCCGGUGCUGGCCCUGCGGGACAGGGAUGUGUCUGGACCCACAUCCCCAUAGCUCUUCAUCCCGGCAUCUCUUCACCCCUGCGCCCCCCUUCCUGCGUCCCUGCAUUCCCGUCCCCGCGUCCCCGUCCCUGCAUCCCUAUCCCAUCCCAUCCCUGCAUCCCCUUCCCCUUUCCCUCAUCCCUGCA